AAAGUUUUAUGCGUCUGGGGACGAUCUAAAUAUAAGUUUGCAUACUUUCGAACAUAAUGGUUAAGUUGAUAAUUCACUUAAUGUUCCUGGUCUCGGCUGUGCUGGCUGCUCCCCAGCUUAGGUUCGGACACGGCGAUGAGGCUUCUGCAGUUAUCCUAACGGACGAAAAGGAACUGAACCCGAACGGUUCGUACAGGUACAAGUAUGAAACCAGCAACGGAAUCAGUGCAUCCCAGUCGGGCGGUCCUGAUGGUCUGUUUGCCAACGGAUACUUUUCCUAUUUGGAUCCCGAAGGAAACCGAGUGACGGUCACCUACCUAGCCGAUGAGUACGGUUUCCAGCCCCAAGGAGACCAUCUGCCGGUGGAACCUCCGGCACCGGAUCAUGUCAUCCGAACACUGGAACAAAUUCGGGCAUCAGCAACUCCUGAUUCGGGCCUGGACAUCCCUACACUGGAAGCGACGAUUGCACGGUUUAAGGCGACUCAGGGUUGAUUGGUGAGAUGAAAAUUCUGAUGAAAUAAUUGUAAAAGUUUUUAGGUUAUGUGCACUUAGAACAAUUAGUUAUA